AUGGUUUUGGAAAAGAAAAAACAAAUUCGCGGCAUUCGAAUUCUAUUAACAAUUUUCUAUGGAUUUCUUUUAUCAAGUACAUUAUUUCGUUAUGUUAUUCAUGGUAUUGUUGAAACAGUUCGACGACCCACCGAUCCAUUUGCUAUUGCUUUGAUUGUUAUUGGUGGUAUAAUUCUUAUUUCAAUAUUUUUGGCUACUUAUGCAACAUGGUUCGACAAUGCAGCUAUAUUAAUGGUUUCAGGGAUCGUAUUUAUUCUCGUUUUUGGUUUAACAUUAGUCUUUGGUAUCUUACGCAUUGUUAAAACAGCACCGCAAAAUAUUGCAACGACAACAGCAGCUCCAAAAAUCUCGGUGCCUACAGAUGAUUCAAUUAAUGACGCUUCUACACAAAUAAACAAUGACAAUAACAGCAACACAUAUAUCUAUGCUUUAACUGAAGAUAUUACUAAACUGGUUAUCGAAUUGAUCUUUACACUCUUUGCUAUUCUUGGCACAUUUACUUUAAUGCGAUAUAUUAAAGCGAAAUAUGCUCCCGUGCCGACACGAUAA